UCUAAUAGUUACGUUUAGCAUUCAAGAAUUUAUAAUAACAUAGGACUUAUUUAGUUAUUAAUUAAGUGUUAAUUGGUAGCACAGUUAAUAUGGCGGAAACAGUUAAAAAGAGAGUUAAAGUGGCAUGGAGCGACGACUUGAGUUAUGAUUCGGAAGAAGAAAGAGAGCGCGAACGCCUGGCGCAGCUGGAGCGGGAACUCGCCGAGCUCCCCGUCAAGCCCACAUACCCUCCCGAUGAGUUGGAGAAGCUGGUAUCGUACGUGAUGAGGAUGACCACCCUCUACGAUUUACGCGACGAAGACUGGACCGAUGAUGUGAAACAUGCUAUUGAAGAGUGGUUUUUAGAGCCACGAGCUCUUAUCCUCUGCGUGUACUUCAAAGGCGACAAGCUAAAAGCAACGUCCGAUAUACCACUAUCGCCAGUCUUCGACCUGACUUACUUCUUGCGACAACCCGAUUUUGUGUUUAAAGCGGAAAGCUUCCAUGAUGACAUAGUAUUUGGAACAUUUGUAGACUCUGUAGAAGCGAACAUGAUACAGAUUUUGGAGUACGUGUACGCGCCGUAUUUCUUCGCUAUAAACACGUGGCCUGACAGUGUAAAAAGUGAAUUCUGCUCCCACAUACACACAUUUCUUGCAAAACUCACUGACAUGUACUACAAAAUGCUUGGUCUUACUGUCCUGUACAUACCUCGAGAAGGCCAACAAUUGUCUUUUGAGGCGGCCAGUGCUGACCGCGAACUAGUUAAAAGGUUAGAAGGAGUCGUGGUGUACUGGACACAUCAGAUCAAGUCCUGUAUAGAGGACCAAGCAUUCGUCGCUUCGCAGAAGGAACUUCUGUGUCCGAGCGAUGAAUAUGACUUCUGGGUGUACAGACAUGAGAAUCUCAGUUCUCUACGUCAUCAACUGAAAAACCCUGCGGUUAAACAUAUCACGAAAAUCCUAGUAACUACACACUCUACGUUUAUCCACCAGUUUCAGUCUCUAUGCGAAGAGAUCGUCCAGAAGAUAAACGAAGCUACCUCCAACAUAGAAUACCUUCAAGUUAUCAAACAACCGUGCGCCAUAUUGGAGUGCGUCGUAGACCCUGACGAGAUCUCUAAGCAUAUUCCCCAAAUUAUCAACCUAUUUAGAUUUAUCUGGAUGGAAUCUCCUUACUACAACUCAGAGACACGUAUCACUAACCUUUUCAAAGCUCUAAGCAAUCAAAUCAUCAUUCUCUGCAGAACGUAUAUAAAUCUUGAUGAAUUAUUUGGUGGCGCGACAAAAAAAGCCCUUGGAGAGUUUAGUAAAUGCAUUGAUUGUUGCAAGAAAUAUAGGGAAAUAUACGAUACGAUGGCGGAAGCUCAUAACGAAAUGAAACCUAAUAGUUGGGAGCUAGAUACGGGAUCGAUUUUCAAUUAUAUCGACUCGUUUGUGCAAAGAUGCUUCGAUAUGUUGGAUGUGUGUAAUUGCAUGAUUAUAUUUGGAAGAAUCGAUGAAAUGGAAAACAUCAACAGGCCCAUGUUUGGUGGCGCUCACGGUGAUAAAUUCGAAGCUAAGUGCGAUCAGAUAGAGCAUAUGUUCCAAGAUGCACUGAAUAAUGUUAAACGGGUGUCCUACUCUAUCCUCGACGUUCAAGCACCGUCGUGGUACGAUGACAUAUUGCAAUUCAGGACUGUUAUUAAAGAUAUCGAGAUAAUAAUAGAAAAUCUUGUAGAGACAGUGUUUGAAGGUGUUAAUCACGUGGAAGAAGCCGUGGUUGCUUUGUAUUCGUUGAAUAAUUAUUCGAAAAGGAAAAAUUUGAAGCGUAUCUUUAAAAGAAAAACUGCCGAGGUAUGGGCAAUGUUCAGUGAAGAAGUGCAAGAGGCAAAGAAGGACAUGGUGUCAACUCGCAGUCAGCACCCCGCUGACCUUCCCGCCUUCGCCGGCAGGGCUAUUGUUCAGCGAAUGAGGAAGAAUCGACUUCUUUACUUGAAGAAGGUGAUGACUGACGCAUCUGUAUGGCUAAUGCCUUGCAGCAAUUCCGAGGAUGUAAUCAUGCAUGUCAACAGACUCGUGGGGGCCAUCGAUGUCGCUGUUAGAGAACUCUUCAUAUCAUGGACGCACAAUUUCGAUGAAAAAUGUGGAGCGGGCCUGAAUAAAACCCUGAUGCGGAAGAGCGUAGAAAACCCUGGUUUACUUGAGUGUAAUAUUGACGUAAAUAUUUUGGAAUUGUGCAAAGAGGCUGCUCAUUGGGAGAAUUUGGAAAUGGACUUGCCUCUUCAUGCUUUCCAGGUAUAUAUGAAAAGCAAGACAGUAUUCUAUGUUUAUGAAAGUGUACUAGCUGUGGUGAAGGGAUACAAUAAAAUAUUGGAUUCUUUGUCUGAUGAAGAGCGGCUGCUUUUCAAGCCUCUGACAGCGGCAUGUGAGAAAAAAGUUCAACCGGGAAUUACCAAAUUAACUUGGACUUCCACAAUGUCUGAUUCUUAUAUUGCUGAUUGCGUAACGCAAAUCGGGGAACUUCAAGAUUUUUUGACAACUUAUAAAAACUGUAAUGUUAAUCUAGUUAAAAUAAUGGAAAAAAUAUGUGACACGCCGCUUAUAGAAUUUGACAUAUAUAACAUAUUUGAAAUAAAUGUACUUCGAGAAAAUAUUCGUACCAUGGAAAUUGAAGCUGCUGAUAAAAUUCUAGAUAUGUAUAAGGAAAUAAUAACGUAUCUCGUUAUUGUAUAUGAAGGAUUUGAAACUUAUAUUACUCAGAUGGCUGAACAUUGGGUCAAAUACAUAAGAAGAUUUGAUCGUCUCUUAGAAGAUGCAUUAAGAUUAGCUAUCAAAGCCACUAUGCAGAAUAUGUACAAGUGUGUUCACGGUGAUGGAACAAUGGCACCAUCUCCACUAAUCAAAAUGAACCUGUAUUUAAGUGAUAAAACAAUAAUAUUCGUGCCAACACCACAUGAGAUACGAGACACCUUUAAUACAAUUCUUGAAGAAAUUGUUCACAUUACUAGUACUAUACCAAGACUUUACGAGAAAUUCGCCUUACCGUCGGCAGGACUGAAGAGAUUUUACGAAGCUAUACAAAUUGAUCCAGAUUGUAAUAAGUUGCAAUCUUUGAUUGACGCUGAAAUUGAAUUCAACAUUAAUCUUGUGAAUGAUCACAUACGAAUGUGGGAUCCAUAUUCUCACAUUUGGAAAGUAAAUAAAAACGAAUUCUUGGAACAAUAUCGUAAAGAAAAGCAUAUAGCAGCUGAUUUCGACGCUUUAAUUAUUAAUUACAGUAACUUAGCGAAUACUGUUCAAAUUCAAGAAACAAUCAAUCAGAUUCAUUUUAUAACUCUAAAUUCAAGCAAACUGAAGAAGUCAAUUAUUGCGCAUUGCUUACAAUGGCAAGUUAAACUAGGAGAAUUACUCCGCAAGAUUACAGAAGAAGACAUUGACAAUGUUUAUUAUUAUGUGGAAAAAAACAGCGAGGAGGCCAUGAAGAUGCCUGCAGAUUUAAAAGAACUUGCAACUGCAAUAUCAACUUACGAACGCUUAGUGUCCGACGUUAGUCGAUUUGAAAAAACUUUUCCACCAAUCUCAGACCAAAUGAUAACGCUUGCAAAAUUUGAAGUGGAGCUAAGUUCGGAUAUGGUGACACGUCAUGAAAAUAUUCCUAUAAUUUGGGCAGAAUAUUUAACUGUUUUAGAAGAAGCUAAGAAAGCUUUAGAAAUGAAUAAAGACAAAUUUAAAACUGAACUUCUGGAACAGGCGGAGGUAUUUAAAGAAGCUGCAAAAGAAUUUUGCGAAGAUUUUUAUAGAACUGCUCCUUGUAGCUCGGAUAUAAGUGGUAAAGAUGCUAUGUCUCAACUCAAAGCUUUCAGACAACAACUUAAUGCACUACGAGCUCAAGAGCAACAAAUUCGAGAUGGACUAGCUGUAUUUAAUUUAACGACUCCAGUGAAUCUGGAUCUUCAAAAAAUGGAGAAGGAGUUGGAGAAAUUGGAAGAAGUAUGGGGCCUAGUGUUUCAAUGGGAAGAGUCCUGGGAGAAAUAUAAAACCCAGACAUUCUGGGAGAUGGAAACUGAUGAAAUGGAGGAAAACGUUAUGUUUUUAUUCCGGAACUUCAAUCGCCUUUCACGUCAGCUCAAAGAUAAAGGUUGGGAAAUUAUUGAUAUAACCAGAGUUAAGGUUGAUGCGUUUUGCCGAACCCUUCCAUUGAUUGGAGACUUGAAAAACCCAUGUAUGAGAGAACGUCAUUGGCACAGGAUUAAGACACUUAUGGGGGUAGAAUUCGAUCAAAAUUCUGAAGACUUCAAACUAGAGCUAAUAAUGCGCCUAAAUUUUCAAGCUUACGCUGAAGAUAUUGCAGAAAUAUCAAACGCUGCGACUAUGGAAUUGAAUAUUGAAAAUGGCCUUAAAACUAUUAGAGAAGUUUGGAAGAAUACUACAUAUGAAAUGCAACAUCAUAAAGGAGAGAUGUAUAGAAUAAAAAAUGUUGAAGAUGUUAUGCAGUUCUUGGAAGAUCAUCAAGUUCAAUUAUCAUCGAUGAAGUCUACUAAAUAUGUGGAACCCUUCAUAAAAGAAGUAGAUUAUUGGGAAAAGUCGUUAGGAUAUAUUGCAGAAUGUAUUGAGAUUGCUUUACAAGUACAACGAAGGUAUCUUUAUUUGGAAAGCAUCUUCAGUGGAGAAGAUAUUAGAAAACAAUUGCCAAGUGAAGUGCAAAUAUUUGAUAAUCUCACUGCUGAUUGGACUGAAAUAACUAGCAAUAUGAAUGCUGGCAAGGAUGCUAUAGAAGCUUGUUUGUACAAACCUGCACCAUACGUUUUCAAUAAACUUAAUAAAAUGGUUGAUAAUCUUGAUGGAAUAUUAAGAGCACUGGAGAAGUAUCUAGAAACUAAACGACAAUUGUUCCCAAGGUUUUAUUUUAUAUCAAAUGAUGAUCUUUUAGAAAUUCUUGGCAAUUCUAAAAAACCACAAUUAAUACAAGUUCAUCUAAAGAAACUGUUCGACAAUGUUAACAAAAUAAGAAUUGAUAAGAAUGCUCUAGGGCUCCCCGUAGCAAAAGCAAUGAUAUCCGAAGAUGGAGAAUGUAUUGAAUGGAAGCACAAUCUGGUGCUAGACGGACCGGCUGAGGUGUGGCUGCUUGGCCUGGAACACACUAUGAGAGUCGUAUUGCGGGAGCAAUUGAUCCUUACCCGCGCGGCGUUGAGGAAAUGCCGUUAUCAGAGAGAGCAGUGGAUUAACGAUUGGCCAGGACAACUUGGCAUCACUUGCAGCAAGAUACAAUGGACAUCUGACUGCACGCGUACACUGUGCCGUUGUGAGAUAAUGAAAGAGAAGAAGCCAAUGAAGAAGCUACGCAAAAAGCAGAACCAGAUCUUGUCCACGUUGCAAAUGAUGUCGAGGAAGGAGAUCACUAAGAUUUUGCGGUGCAAAGUGAACGCGCUCUGCGUCAUUGAGAUACACUCGAGGGACACGGUGGAUAGAAUGUAUAAGAUGGGUUGCAUGUCGGUGACCGCUUUCGAGUGGUUCUCCCAACUAAAGUUUUAUUGGGAUCGCGAGAAGGAGGAUUGCUUCAUCAGACAAACAAACACCAAUUCCAUAUAUACGUACGAAUACAUCGGUAACUCGGGACGACUCGUGAUCACGCCACUCACAGACAGAUGUUACAUAACCGCAGACGGCUUGCAUCUUUUCCGCGGAGGAAGCCCAAAAGCCGGUACUGGCAAGACCGAGACAAAAAAAUUGGUAGUCACUAACUGUUCUGAUGGACUUUGCUAUGAAGCAUUUUCGUCAUGAUCAUCAGGGAUAGCCCAAAGCGGUUGUUGGGGCUGCUUCGACGAGUUCAAUCGCAUCAAUAUUGAAGUGCUCUCGGUGGUAGCACAGCAGAUUCUCGCGGUUCUGCUCGCCCUCUCGCACUUCCAGAAGAAGUUCGUGUUCGAAGGUUGCGAAAUCAAGCUCGACAGCAACUGUGGCAUCUUCAUUACUAUGAAUCCUGGCUACGCUGGUCGAACUGAAUUGCCCGAUAAUCUAAAGUCAAUGUUUCGGCCAAUCGCGAUGUGUGUGCCCGACUCGUUGAUUAUAGCUGAGAAUACACUCUUUUCUGAUGGCUUUACAGCGUAUAAAAUCAAUGCUAAGAAGGUAUUCACACUGUAUCAACUGGCGAUGCAACAGUUGUCGAAGCAGGACCACUAUGACUUUGGCCUCAGGUCUAUGGUGGCGUUGCUACGAUAUGCUGGCGUGAAGAGAAGGGCGUAUCCGAACUUGCCCGAACAAGAGAUGGUGAUCUUGGCGAUGAGGGAUAUGAAUGUUGCCCGGCUCACAGCCAAAGAUGUACCACUAUUCGACGGCAUAAUGCAAGACAUCUUUCCCGAAGUGGAGGUGCCCACGUUGGACUAUGAAAUGCUCGAGAACGCCAUAUCUGCUGAAAUGAGACUUGUUGGCUUGCAGCCGGUAAAGGCUGCCCUACAUAAAGUCAUACAGACCUACGAAACUAAGAACUCUCGUCAUUCGAGCAUUCUCCUGGGUGAUACCAAUACCGCUAAGUCCGUAUCCUGGAAAAUGCUAGCAGCUACCAUCAGUCGCUUAGCUAGGGAGAAGGUACCGGGGUUCGUAAACGUACAGGUGUAUCCCAUGAAUCCCAAAGCGCUUACCUUAGGAGAGCUGUAUGGGGAAUACAAUUUGGCCACUGGAGAGUGGAAAGAUGGGGUACUAUCGUCCAUUAUGAGGACCACAUGUCAAGAUGAAUCGCUUGAUCAGAAAUGGAUUAUAUUCGACGGCCCAGUUGAUGCCAUUUGGAUAGAGAACCUCAACUCUGUCAUGGAUGACAACAAGCUGCUGACUUUGGUCAACAGCGAGAGGAUAUCAAUGCCUGCACAGGUUUCUCUGCUAAUAGAGACAUUGGACUUGGCUGUAGCAUCACCAGCCACCGUAUCUCGCAAUGGAAUGGUGUAUAAUGACUACAAGGAUUGGGGAUGGUGGCCAUUUGUCAACUCGUGGCUGGAUACCGUCGAUGACCCUGAGUAUAGAGAGAUGCUCCGGCGCCACUUCCUGAACAUCCUGACGCCGGUACUGGAGCUGAAGCGUCUUCACCUGGCGGAGGGCGCGAGCGUACGUGGCCAGGAGCUGACUGGAGUACGGUCCAUGUGCCGGCUGCUGGGGCAGUGGCCCGCGCCCGCUCCCCCGCAACCUGAUGAGGAGGACAACGAAAGCUUCUCCAAGAUGAGGUUCCUGUUCGCUAUGAUCUGGUCGGUGUGCUCGUCGCUGGAGGAGGAGGCACGGCGGCGGCUCGAUAACUGGGUGCGCGAGCACGAGGGCGUGUUCCCGCUGAAGGACACCGUGUACGACUACUACGUGGACGAGCGCCGCCGCCAGCUGCGGCCCUGGGACGACCGCCUGCCCGACAACUGGCGGUUCAACGCCAGUCUGGGCUUCCAUACGAUCCUGGUGCCGACGGUAGAGUUCAUUCGGGUGCAGAUUAUCGCCCAGAACAUGUUGAGGGCCGGCUACGGUGUUAUAGUGGGUGGGCCCACCGGCACGGGGAAGACCUUCCUCAUACAGGGCACGCUGGCUAGUCUCGACUCGUCCAGAUAUAGUACACAAGUCAUCAACAUGUCGGCACAGACGACCGCUGCAAACGUACAGGACAUAAUCGAGGCGAGAUUAGAGAAAAGGACUAAGGGCAAUUAUGUACCAGCUGGGGGUAAGAAGAUGAUCGCGUUCAUGGACGACAUCAAUAUGCCGGUACGCGAUGACUAUGGCUCGCAGCCGCCGCUCGAGCUGAUCCGCCUGUGGCACGAUUACGGGUACUGGUUCGAUCGUGCCAAGCAGUGGCGCAAAAAUGUCAAGGACAUGGUGUUGUGCGCGGCGGCGGGCCCGCCGGGCGGUGCCCGGUGUGCGCUGCCGCCGCGGCUGCUGUCGUGCUUCCACCCCUUCUACCUGCCGGCCCCCACGCAGCAGCAGCUCGUCAAAAUCUUCGGCACCAUGCUCACUCAGCAUCUACAGGAGUUCGACGAGGAGACUAAGACUGUUGGCAAGACAGUACUUAUAGCAACUAUUGAUAUGUUUAACAAUAUCGUCGCCAAGUUGUUGCCGACGCCGAGCAAGAUGCACUAUCUGUUCAACCUGCGGGACAUAUCUAAGAUAUUUCAGGGUUUGUUGCGAAGCAACAAGGACUACACCAACACGAAGGCGAGAUUCCUGCGGCUCUGGAUUCACGAGUGCUUCCGCGUGUUCAGCGACCGCCUCACCGAGGAAAAGGACCGCGACUGGUUCAUGAACCAUAUGGGCGACAUGCUGGGCAAGCACUUCGAGCUGACGUUCCACGCGCUGUGCCCUACCAAGAGUCCGCCGCUCUUCGGACACUUCCUCAACCCGUUCGAAGUCUACGACGAUCUCGUCGACCCCAACGCGUUGAGAAAGUAUAUCGUAAAUCAAAUGGAGGAGUACAACAGUUGCCCGGGCGUGGUGAAGAUGGACCUGGUGUUGUUCAAGGAUGCCAUCGAACAUAUCUGCCGCAUCGUAAGGGUCAUCUCUCAGCCGCGCGGGAACAUGCUCUGCGUAGGCAUAGGCGGCUCCGGGCGUCAGAGCUUGACGAGGGUGGCGUCGUAUAUCUGCGAGUGUAACUCGUUCCAAGUAGUCGUCACCAAGACGUACGGUAUCAAGGACUUCAGAGAGGAUCUCAAGUCCCUGUACACUAGCUGCGGAGUGGACGCCAAGAAGACCACGUUCAUAUUCUGCGACACGCAGAUCGUGGAGGAGACCUUCACGGAAGUGAUCAACAACCUGCUAAGCAGCGGGGAGGUCACCAAUCUCUACAAACCGGAUGAGUUUGAGGAUAUAAAGCAAGCUCUAGAGAAGCCAAUGAAGGCGGCGAAUCUUAUGCAGACAGUGGAAGCGGUCUACUUGUUCCUGGUGGAUCGAGUUCGCGCCAAUAUGCAUAUUGUACUCUGUUUCAGUCCCAUAGGAGACGAAUUCAGGAAUCGUAUUCGACAAUAUCCGGCUCUGAUCAACGCGACUACUAUCAACUGGUUCCUGGAGUGGCCCCGCGAGGCUUUACUAGAGGUUGCCUACAAGUUUCUAGACGGCGUCGAGCUGCUGGCUUCUAUCACCGGGCCCAGAGUCCGUCGCAAGGAGUCUGUGGUGGAGAGCCGCGAGGACGUGCUGCGGGCGUCGGUGGCCAGCAUCAUGUCGCUGAUCCACUCGUCGGUGGGCCGCUACUCGCGCAAGAUGUGGCUCGAGAUGCGCCGCACCAACUACGUCACGCCCACCAACUACCUCGAGCUCGUCUCCGGAUACAAGGAGAUGCUAAAAAUGAAAAGACACGAGAUCGCUCUCCAAGCGAACAAACUGCGGAACGGUCUAGGCAAAGUCGAAGAGACGACCAAGCUAGUCGGACAGAUGUCUGAGGAGUUAGCUGUCGCACAGGUGCAAGUGGCGGAGUACACGGAGCAGUGCAUCGAGUACAUGGGCGUGAUCAACGUGCAGCAGCGCAACGCGGACGAGCAGCAGCGCAGCGUGGCGGCGCGCAGCAACAAGACCCUGGAGGAGGAGGCGCAGUGCAGGAAGCUGGCCGACGCCGCCAGCAGGGACCUGGCCAGCGCCAUGCCCGCGCUCGAGGAGGCCGUCAAGGCAUUGGAUGCACUGAACAAAAAGGAUAUAACCGAAGUGAAGUCCUAUGCGAAACCUCCGCAAAAGGUCGAAAUGGUUUUGGAGGCUGUACUUAUACUGCUUCAAAAAGAGCCAACGUGGGCGGAGGCGAAGCGACAGCUCGGCGACCAGUACUUUCUGGAUCGACUGCGCGAGUUCGAUAAAGACAAUAUCUCGGAUAAGACUCUCAAGAAGAUUGGUACGUACACCGCCAAGCCGGACUUCGACCCGGAAAUCGUGGGCACGGUAUCGGCCGCCGCUAAGUCGCUGUGCCUUUGGGUACGCGCCAUCGAGAAGUAUGGCAAGGUCUACAAAAUUGUAAAACCAAAGAAAGAACGUCUAGAAGAAGCUUUGGAAUCUCUUCGUAUGAAGCAGCAGAUCUUAGCCGAGGCUCGGGCGAAGUUGCGAGAGUUGAGCGAGAUGAUCGCUCGGCUCCAAAAAGAGUAUGAUGAGAAGGUGGCACAGAAGGAAGAGCUCGAGAAAAAGUCACGGAUGUUGCAACUCAAACUGGAAAGAGCUGAAGCCCUUAUCACUGGACUCUCGGGUGAGCGCGAGCGGUGGGAGAUGACAGUGGAGCGGCUGGACCGCGAGUUCGAGCAACUGCCAGGAGACUGCCUGAUCGCCACUGGCUUCGUCGCAUACCUCGGUCCCUUCGUCUCCGAGUACAGGGAGGCGCUCAUGAACGACUGGUUCAUAGAGGUAUACAAUGAACGCGUGCCCGUGACUAUGGACCUGAGCAUGAAGUAUUUCUUACUUGACGACGCCACCUUACGAGACUGGAAUUACAUGGGAUUGCCUGACGAUAACUUUAGUGCCGAGAAUGGCAUAAUAGUGGUGCGAGCGACGCGGUGGCCACUGGCGGUGGAUCCCCAGGGACAGGCGCUCAUAUGGAUCUCUCGUCUCGAGGAGAAAAACGACAUACAGAUAGUGGACUUUGGUCAACCGAACUACCUGAAGAUCAUGGAGGUGGCACUAACAGAUGGGAAACCAAUUCUCAUCCAGAACGUGGGAGAAGUACUUGACCCGUCAAUCGCGCCAAUCCUCGACAAAGCCAUCGUCAAGAUUGGCAACUCUAUGGUCAUCAAGUUCAAUGAAAAGAUGAUACCAUAUAACGGCAUGUUCAAGAUGUAUCUCACUACCAAAUUGGGCAAUCCGGUGUACACGCCGGAGACGUUGACGAAAACAACCAUGGUGAACUUUGCGGUGAAGGAGCAGGGGCUCACGUCGCAGCUGCUUGGCAUCGUGGUGCGCAAGGAGCGACCGCAGCUCGAGCAGAUGAAGGACAACCUCGUGCUCACCAUUGCGAACAACAAGAAAGUGCUCAUGGAUUUGGAGAAUGACCUUCUACGUAUAAUGUACGAGUCUCAGGUACCUCUGCUAGAAAACGAGGAGCUAUUCAUCACGUUGCAGACCUCGCAGCGGACCUCCCUCGAGGUGAAAGAAGCUCUUAUCACCUCGCAGGUCACCGAGAAAGAAAUAGACGCAGCCAGACAAGGUUACGUGCCGGUGGCUGUGCGUGCCUCAGUAUUGUUCUUCGCGUUAAACGACCUGUCGCGCAUCGACCCCAUGUACCAGUUCUCGCUCGAUGCUUACAUCGACCUGUUCACUUACUCUAUCGAGCGCAGCCCCAAGAGCACCGAGCUCGAAGACCGGAUCAGUAACUUGAACGAGUUCCACACAUACGCUGUCUACAAGAACACGUGCCGUGCAUUAUUCGAGCGCCACAAGUUGCUGCUGUCAUUCCACAUGGUGUCGCGCAUACUGUUCCAAAUGGGCAAGAUGAACACGCAGGAGUACCUGUUCCUGCUGAAGGGCGGCGUGGUACUCGAUCGCUCCGAGCAGCCGGAUAAUCCCACCAACUGGAUGCCUGACGAAUGUUGGGACAACAUUACGGAGCUGGACAAGUUGCCGGGCUUCCACGGCGUCAUCGACUCGUUCGAAACCUUCUCCAAAGAGUGGAAGGAGUGGUACUUGCACCCGGAGCCGGAACUGCAGCCGCUCAUUGGUGAGUGGAACGAGAUCUGCAACGAGUUCCAGAAGAUCCUGUUGGUGCGGUCGCUGCGCGUGGAUCGCGUGUCGGCGUGCGUGACUGCCUUUGUCGUCAACACGCUCGGGCCGCGUUACGUCGAGCCGCCCGUACUCGACAUCAGGGCGGCGUGGGAGGAGUCGUGUUGGAAGACGUCAUUGCUGUUCGUGCUGUCACCAGGCGUGGACCCGACGGCGGCGCUCAUCCAGCUUGCCGUUGACGUCAAAAUGUUCGACAAGUUUCACUCGCUCAGCCUCGGACAGGGUCAGGCGCCUACCGCUGCCAGAAUGCUAACAAACGGUAUGAAGGAGGGCGGAUGGGUGUUCUUAGCGAACUGUCACUUGGCCUGCGAGUGGCUGGGCUCUCUUCGGGGCCUCGACAACCCCAAAAUACACCCAAGGUUCAGGCUCUGGCUGUCCUCCAUGCCCGACGACAAGUUCCCGCUCAACAUUCUGCAGAGGAGCAUCAAGAUGACCACGGAGCCACCACAGGGCUUAAAAGGCAACCUGGUCAGAUUAUUCGCGAACAUAAACGAGGACAAGUUCGACGAAGCGACGCCCAAGUACCGGCGGCUGCUGUUCUGCGUGUCGUUCUUCCACUGCACGCUCAUCGCCAGGAAGCGGUUCCGGCAGCUCGGGUACAAUGCCGUCUACAGCUUUAAUGAUGCCGACUUUGAUGUAUCGGAUAAUCUACUAGCGAACUACUUGGAGGAGUACGAAGAGGUCCCGUGGGACGCAUUACGGUACCUGUUCGCAAUCAUCAACUAUGGCGGCCAUAUAACGGACGAUUGGGACAAACGAGUGCUCAUUGCGUAUAUCAACCAGUUCUUCUGCGAGGAGGCAUACGAUACGCCAUUCUAUAGGUUGUCGUCGAUCCCCGCGUACCACGUGCCGCGCGACGGCAGCCUGGAGUCGUACCGCGACUUCCUCGACCUGCUGCCGGCCGCCGAGCGCGCCGAGUCCGUCGGGCAGCACGCCUCCGCUGACGUCGCCACGCUCGCGCAGGAUGCAAUGAUUAUGUGCUCCACAUUGUUUGCAUUGGCGUCUACUGGAGGAGAUGGAGCCGGUGGUGGAGAAGACCAAAAGGUUGACGAAUUAGCAGCCGAGAUGAUUCAAAAGUUGCCAUCGAAGAUUGACGUGGAGACAACAGAGAAAUUAAUGGGUCCCGAGAUUGUGAUGCCGAUGUGUGUCUCACUGUUGCAAGAAAUUGGGUAUUUUAACGUGCUUAUAAGCAGUAUUACCGCUGGUCUCAAGGAGUUGCGCCGAGCCAUCGAAGGUUUGGUUGUGAUGUCAGAGAUGCUUGAAGUUAUGUACUCUUGCAUCUUUGAGGGAAAAGUGCCAUCUUUCUGGCAAAAAGGUCGUCCGUCCAUGAAGCCGCUGGGCGCGUGGUGCCGCGAGCUGUCCCUUCGCGGCGGUCACCUGGCCGCCUGGGCCGCCGCGCCACGCGCCCCGCCCACGCUGUGCUGGCUGCCCGCGCUCGCUGCGCCCACCGGCUUCCUUACCGCCGUCAUGCAGACAACGGCUCGUGGUGAAGGCUGGCCGAUAGAUACACUUUGCUGGGAAUUUACCGUGAUGCCGUUAGAGGAAUCCGCUUUCGUCAGACCACCACGUGACGGUGGAGUUUAUAUUAGAGGUCAAUACUUAGAAGGUGCCAGCUGGUUCAAAAAGGAGGGACAUCUACAAGAACCAUUACCGAUGCAGCUGGUGUUCCCUAUGUCGCCUAUUCAUUUUAAACCUAUACGAGCUAGUGGCAGACGACUGAAAAAUCGUUACACGUGCCCGUGUUACUACUACCCGAUGCGAAAGGGCGCGUUCGUGGUGGCGGUGGAGCUGCCGUCCGGCAAGGAGCCGCCCGACUACUGGGUCAAGCGCGGCACCGCCUUGCUCUGUACCCUCGCUACUUAGGAACCCAGUAGACAAUAUACUCGCUUCAUGUACCA